GGCCGCCAUGGCUCUCUAUACUCCUCCGUCCAUGCCUCCGACUCCUUCACGUCUUCUCAUGUCUACUCAUUCACGACCGGUGCCUGUCGAGCUCGCGCACACCUGGUCCGCCUGGCGGCCACCCAAGGCGGAGCUGCCCCUGACACCGCCGCUCUCAGCACAUCCUCACAGACGCGUCGUACAACCUCUUCCACAACAGCACACCACUCUGCCGCCGAUUACGCAGUUGGACAGCCAGCUGUCGCGUAUUUCGCCAAUAACACCACCGCAACUAGAGGAUGCCUCGCAGUGGUACACGCAUGCAGCCGCGUCUGUUAAGUUGCCACCGAUGCGCACGGCUCCGAGCCCGCCGUCUCCUAUGGAGCCCACCGUGGAAGUGUACGAGGAGCCACGCGCUCAAGUGUACUCGCCACCGCCAGAGCCAGUCGACUGGCUCACGAGGUCAACACAUCGCUCAUCGCAUUUCCUCGCAGAGAAGAUGUGCGAGAUGGUUUGCUACCUGUGGUUCUCCACACUCUCCCGCGACGCGUCGCCGUCGAGUUCACGACAAACCUCGAUACCCAAGCCAUGUUCGGCUACCGCUUCGUUACAGCUGGCUGUCUCACCCGACUUCGUUCGGUUCAUGCAAAAAGUUCUGGAAACAACACAAGUCAGCCAAUCUGUCAUCGUUCUCGCAUUACACUACAUCUAUCGCCUAAAAAUCCGUAAUCGCCUCACGAACGGCCAGUCGGGCAGCGAGUACCGGGUCGCUAUUGCAGCGCUCAUGAUGGCGAACAAGUUCCUUGACGACAAUACGUACACCAAUAAGACUUGGUCCGAGGUCUCGGGGAUAGAUUUGGAGGAGAUUAAUCGCAUGGAACGGGAGUUCCUGCUUGGCAUUGACUUCGGGCUCUAUGUAGACAAGACGACCUACAUCUCGUGGCUCAACUUACUUCAGGGCCUUGUCAUGGCGAAGGAGCGGGAUUCGAGACAGUGGCGUCGCACGCCUCGCGUGCGUGCACACCCCCACUCAAGACCGCAUCGACCCGCUGUACACCCUUCUCACACCGCACCGUCUCAGCGGGCACGGUCCUCUUCGCCAAGCCGACCCGUCUAUACCCUAUCCGUGCGCGAGAACCACUAUGCAACUACCUCGGCGUCUGCCGAGUACCACACCCCGCCGCGUUCUAGCGCUAAGCGCUCGGCCACCGAUGCCUUCUCGCCCACCCAAGCGUACUCACAUCCAGCGAAGGCACCUAGGCGACCGACGAACCUCUCUCUUUCGAUACCCCAGGAACGUCAUCAUGGUCAUCUCUCUGCGAGCUCAAUAUCACCAUCUGAGCCGCUUCAGCACUUCGCGAAGCUGUCCCUUGGUGCCUCGCCUGGCGGUGUUAAGCCUGGUUCCGCCAACCCAAGUCCUGCAUGGUCUGCCAACGUUAAGCAGCCUGUUGCGCCCCAAACAUUGGCGUCUGCGUAUCGCGUGGACGGACAGCGCGCCUAUACUGCUCCGCAGAACUUGUACUUCUAUUCUCUCGCCUGCUCCCCAACUGAGGAGGACAAUCGUUCUAGGAAGGCGCGGCUGCGGUAUCACCAGCCGCCGGUGGCCUCGGCAGACUAUGGCUACGCAGUACAGCCAUCUGUUCCUAUGGUCGUGCAGUCUGCGUCAACCAGCCCGCAAGAAGUACAUGGUCAUCUCCGCGAGAACGUACCCACGCUUCCACACUUCUCGGAACUUGCAUGGAACCGGCCCCGUGCACCUGCGCCUGCGGCCGAAACGGUCGCACAGCACUUCGGCCAUCGUGCUCACCAGCACCAGCAGCACCAGCACCAGCAGCCGGCCCCCGUGCAUCACCAUGCGCCUGUCCAGAACGGCGUUGCCCCCGCACCAUUCGCGAACGCAGGUCCACCUGGCGUUCAGUUUUAUGUUACCGACAUGCCACGGCACCUGUCGCCUCUGUAUAAUCGCCAACAAAAUCGUCGACUGUAAUUUACCCUCUGAUUGAUAUUUUUAUAAUUUCGCAUAUCGUACAUUCACCUCCAGACACUUUGACCGCACAUAUGUAUUCUCAUCACUCACGACAUGUCAAGUCAUUCCGUUCACCAGUGUACAUGUCAUAUAUUUUGGGCUCUUACCCGUAGUCAUCCAGCCUUUUCCCUUUUUGCAUUGUCGUCACAUUCACCCGCUUCCUUUCGUCGCACGAUCAACUUGCAUACAACCACGCAUCCAUCACUUUCGCAUCUCUCCAGUAGAAGGCAUCAUUACAACACUUGUAUUCGUAAACCGAUUAUAGCUACAGAGUUGCAUAUAACACGCGAAACAU